CACCAGCACGUUUUAAGGGCAUGGGGCUUUGGGAGCAUAAAGGUUUUUGUGGAGGGGCGGCGCCAUCAGGGAGGGCUUCCUGGAGGAGGUGACAGCUGGACAGGUCCGAGUGAGGCUGCCAGAGGGCUGAACUGCUCGGUGCGUGCUGGAGACGCGCAGAUUGUAAAUAUUUGAACUUUCCUUCAAAAUAAUGUUAAAAGACAUAAUAAAAUCAGUAGAACAUUUAUCUAAAAUUCCCCAGAAAGAUGAUCCACAAGUCACUGAUAGAACAUUUUUCAUUGAUGCAUCUCAUCAGGGCUUGAUUGCCAUUCCAUCGGAGAUCUUAGCAUUAAAAGAAUUAGAAGAAGUGCAUUUGGAAAAUAACCAGAUUGAAGAAAUUCCCCAGGACAUUCAGCAUUUAAAGAACAUCAAGGUUCUCUACCUGGACAAGAACAACCUAAGGAGCCUGUGCCCGGAGCUGGGGGCGCUGAGCAGCCUGGAGGGACUGGACCUGAGCUACAACCCCAUCCUCCCCUCCUCUCUCCCGGUCGUCAGCUGCCUCCGCACCCUGCGCGAGCUCCGGCUCCACCAGAUUGACCUGAAGGAGAUCCCCAUCGUGAUCUGUAAAAACCUUCACCAUGUCGAGCUGUUUGGACUGACCGGAAACCACCUGAAAUUUUUGCCCAACGAAAUAGUGAACCAGACCAAACUGAGGGAGAUCUACCUGAAGCGCAACCAGUUUGACGUUUUCCCUAAGGAGCUCUGCGUUCUCUGCAACCUGGAGAUCAUUGACCUGGAUGAGAACAAACUGAAUGCCAUUCCAGAAGAAAUUGGGAAUCUGACGAGGCUGGAGAAGUUCUUCGUGGCUUAUAACAACCUGUCCUUUCUGCCCGAGUCGCUGCGCCAAUGUAGCCAGAUGUCGGUGCUGGACUUAUCCCACAACGCCCUCCACUCCAUCCCGGACUCCCUCUCCGAGCUCGCCAGGAUGACGGAAAUUGGGCUGAGCGGGAACCCCCUGGAGAAAGUGCCGCGCCUCAUCUGCAGGUGGCCCGCGCUGCACCUGCUCUACCUGAGCGACACCGGCCUGCGCCGGCUGCGGCGCUGCCUCCCGCGGCUGCUGGAACUGUGCUUCCUGGAUCUCAGCCGCAACCGCCUGGGCCGCUGUCCGUCGCAGCUCUGCGCGCUCAAGAACCUGGAGAUCCUGGCGCUGGAUGACAAUAAAAUAGGGCAGUUACCUUCAGAGUUGGGCUCACUUUCAAAACUGAAGAUACUUGGACUAACAGGAAAUGAGUUCUGUUCCUUUCCGGAGGAAGUCUGUUCUUUAGCAUCUUUAGAAAAAUUAUACAUUGGGCAAGACCAGGGAUGCAAGCUUACCUAUGUGCCAGAAAACAUUGGGAAACUGCAGAGUCUUAAAGAACUGUAUAUAGAGAACAAUCAUCUGGAGUACCUGCCCGUAGCCUUGGGGUCAAUGCCUAACCUGGAAGUUCUUGAUUGCCGGCACAAUUUGCUUAAGCAACUUCCAGAUGCCAUUUGCCACACCCAAGCUUUGAAAGAACUUCUGCUGGAAGACAACUUGCUCACACAUCUUCCAGAGAAUUUGGAUUCCCUAGUGAAUAUUAAGGUUCUGACAUUGAUGGACAAUCCCAUGAGUGAACCCCCAGAAGAAGUGUGUGCUGAAGGCAAUGAGGCCAUAUGGAAAUACCUUAAGGAAAAGAGAACUAGGAAAAUAAUGGCAACAAAGAUUCAGGCAUGGUGGCGUGGGACGAUGGUGCGGAAAGGACUUGGGGAAUUUGAAGAUCUACUAAAAGUGCGAAAGAAAGGAAAGAGCUCUCCAAAAGAUAAGAAAGGACAUAAGGCUCCAAAAGGAAAACCUGGAAAGAGAAAUAAAUAAUUCUAUAAACUGAUGAACUGAGGUAAUGAACUCUAAUGGAUUAGGAAGGCAAAACAUCUAGGAAUUAGAGUCUUACUACAUUAAAAUUAUUCAUAGAAUUAUGUUUAUGCAUAAAAAUAAAAGAUACUUUUACUGAAA